AUCACCAAAAAAAAAAAAUUCAAUCGAAUUUCUAUAAGCUUGAUUAAAACUACAUAUACAAAUUCGGUUCUGAUUUAAAUACAUUUUAAACAGAACAUAAUGAACGGAGCAUCGUGGGCUGACCAGUGGGACAACAGUGGCAACUCUGCCAAAGGAGGCCGAAUCGGCGGUGGCGCCGUGAUCAGUAGCGGCGGAGGUGGAGCUGCGUCGAACUCGAACACGGCUAAGUACAAGGAGAAAUUGGGACUAGGGUUAGACAAGACCAAAGCUGUAGCUUCUUCUGGUUUUAAGAAGCUCAAGAAUGGCUCUGCCACGGGUUUUCGUUGGGUCAAGGACAAGUAUCACAAAACCACAAACAAACAUUAAUCAUUUUCAAUCUUCUUGUACAAUAAUUGUCUGUCUCAUGUUUUUGUUUUUGUUUUUCACUUGUUUGAUUUAAUUGAUUUAAUUGUUGUGUGAUUGGUAUGAGAUUUCCGUAUUCAUGUGAUUAUAUUGAUUUUUUCGUUAAUUUCUAAAAUCGAAAUUUCUUUUAGAUUA